CCUCUACCUCGCUCUAUCGACAAAGAGACACUCUUAGCCUUGACAACAAACCCUUCUCCCAUCCAUUUUCCAUCUCCAUUCCGCCUAUCCACACCCGCAUCUCCGGCUGUUGAUUCUUUCAUCACUCGGGACACCUGACUGUAUUUGCAUCCUGGUGUUGUCCGACUAAUUGAUCCGUUAAUCACAGUCUGGUCAACCCCAUUUUCAUUCCUUUGCUUAGUUUUUUUUUUCUUUUCCUUCCUUUUUUUUCCCUGGUUCUUCAUCCUCUACCUUCAUCGCCUUACCUUCCUUUCUAUUGCGCGCCGGCUCUCCUCCUCCCCGCGAUAGCGUCGAUAUCGCCCUAGUCACCGCUGCUACGGGUCCUGUUUCCCGCAUCCUAUCUGUAUUUCGGCCUUCUCUCUGAUGGCCACGUCGCGGUCGCGUGUUUGAUGAGAUGGCAGCCGCAGAGGUCGACCUCGGCUACCUAGCUAGCCAUCUGGGCUUCCCCGAGACUAAUCUCACAACUAUCGCCACCGAUCCCACCGCCGAUCUUGUUAGGGCCUUCCUGUCUGCCGUAGCUGCCAAGGGCCACGAGUACGAUGCCUUGUUCACCCAGAAACUUCAGUUGGAGGUAGAGCUCGAGACAUCGGUGCGCAGUGCGGAAGCUCGACGUGACGUGAGCAGCGAGGCGGCCAAGAAGGCUCUGAAGGAUGUCGAGAAUCUCCGGAAGAAUCUUAAGGAUGAAGAGACGAGACGACAAGCUCUGGAGAAUGAGUUGCAGGCUAUCAAAUCGUCUAGCUCGACUUCCCAAUCCGAAAUCGACAAACUCCGCGCUCGCGUUGCCUCCCUAGAAACCUCGAAUCGAGAAUCUCUUGCCAUCAUCGAUACCAAGAAUUCCGCCAACGAGGCGCUUUCUCAGGAGCUGCAAUCCUUACAUCAGAAGAACCUGAAGCUGAGCCAGGAGAUCACGGCGCUGCAGCAAUCUGUCCAAAAUGCGAACAAUGCCGCCAACAGCUCCAAGUUCCGGGAGCAAUCCCUACAGCAGCAGUUACAGAUGGCUCAGAACAGCAGCGAGUUCUUCGAAAAAGAAUUGAAGACGAAAUCUGCUGAAGCGCUCAAGUAUCGCAAAGAGAAGGGCGCUCGAAUCGCCGAGCUCCAACGCCUCAAUGACGACGCUGCUUCCAAUAUCGAAUCCCUCAAACGUACAGAGCAGCAACUUCGACAGCGGUUAGAUGAAGCUCAGAAGAAAGUCGAGGACUCCCUCACUCGGGUGCAGCAGUUGCAAGAAGCCGCCGGCCGUAAAGAAGAAGACGCUAGGCAAGAAUGCGAUAGUCUGCGGCGCUUGGUCAAUUUGAAGGAGCAGCAGACUCUUACCCAUAAGAAACGCGUCCAGGAGGUGGAGGCUAGGGAGGAACAGAUCAAGCGGGAAUGUGAAGACAAGGUCCGACGAGUCAGCGAAGAAGUUGCCAGAGUUAACUUAGACAAGGAAGAGCUCUCGCAGACCGUCGAGUCUCUUCGAGAUGAGGUUGGCCGUCUCGAAGCCAUUAUCGCCGGUGCGUCUUCCGCACAGCCUGGGUCUGCGCCGCAGACUCCGCGGCCGUUGAACGGAUCGAUGUACCGCGCCGGCUCCCCAUUCGCUACGCCUGGCUCCACGCGAAAGGCGCUUUCUACGACACAGUUGAUGGAAGAUUUCUAUAAGGUCAAGGGGCAGCUGAAUACGGAGAAGCUCCGUAGCAGCAAUCUUGCCAAGGAGUUAGACGACGUCAUUGAUCAAUUGGAGGCCAAGCGGCCAGAGCUCGAUGAACUCCAAGCCGAGAACGACCGACUGCAACAGGAAAUCAAGACUAUGUCUCAUCUCUCUGACGAAAGCUUCCGAGAGCGGGAUAUCUCCAAGAAGGCAGCACGCAAGGCCGAGGCAGUCGCCGCGGAUGCCGAGAAACAAAGGAAACUGUUGCAAUACCAGGUCAAGAGCCUGAGCGCACAAAUUCAGAUGCUCAUCUUCAACGUCCACUGUCUUGAGAAAGGUGCAGAGAAGCUCACAUUGGAGGAGCAGCAUGCCCUGCAAAGGCUAGAGAGGGGUCAGAUCGACGACCAAGCUGCGGACGAAGAACUCAAUGCCCACAGUUCGAUUCUCGAGCGUCUUGUUGUGUUCAAAAAUAUGAAGGAGCUCCAGGAAAGAAAUGAACAACUCCUCCAGGUCACUCACGAACUUGCGGAGAGAAUGGAGAACGAGGAGGCGAUCGCUGCUAAGAGCCAAGCCAUGGAGGACCACAAGGAGCGCAUUCGAUUGGAACAAGAACUGGAGAUCUUCCGGGACACGCUCAGAGGCUUCCAGAUCAAGACCGAAAGCAUCACCAAGGAGCGGGACAUGUUCCGUCGCAUAGUCGAGUCAAGGGCAUCGGCCGAUGAAGCUGCUUCGGUCUUGGGUCGUCCGACACAAGAUGGCGUUCUUGCCAGCAUCGAAAACAAUCCAGCUGCAAACGACGACAACUCGGAUUACACCAGCCUGCUUCGGGAUCUACAACAAAACUUCGACCUCUACCGAAAUGAACAGACGGCGGACCGGAAGACCAUGAAGGAGCAGAUAGAGAAGCUUUCGGCGGAGAGGAAUUCGCUCCAAGCAGAAGUUUCCAAAUUACAAAGCCAGCUAUCUCUAGCUUCCGAGCGCUACGAAAUCCUCCAAUCUAACUUUGCGGGUCUACAAAGCGAGAACAAGGAGUUACAGAGGAGGCAUCAGGCCAUGUCCGAAUCCGCUGCCAAGCAGGACAUCCGCACUCAGCAAGUCGCCGAGGAUCUGGUCGAGGCGAGGGGGUUCCUCGAGAGUAUGCGUAGCGAGAAUGCCAACCUCAAAGCUGAAAAGAAAUUAUGGAAGGAUAUCCAGGAUCGGUUGAGUCAGGAUAACGAAAACUUGAUGCAGGAGAAGGCGCGUCUCAAUGGGCUGCUAGCUACGCAGCAGAGCCUUCAGAAUGAGCGCGAACUCGCCGAAGCCGAAGCAAAACGGCGCCUCCAGACUCAGAUUGAGACUCUCGAGGGCGAUCUAAGCGCCACCAAGCGCAAGUUGGCUGACGAAGCUGAUGAAGCAAAGAAGACACAGCUUCGAAAGGAAUAUGACGCUCAGCAGUUCCAGAAACGGAUCGACGAACUUACCUCGAACCUCAGUCAGAUCCGGGAAGAGCUUGUUGCCACGAAGACAAGCCGCGACCAUCUUCAGAGUAGAUCUGACGAACUGGCCAUUCAACUGCGAAGUGUGGAGGAGCGCGCGGAGCGGCUUCAACCAAGGCCCACUCCUAGGCCAGGAUCUCUCGCUACCCCAUCCGAACAAGGCGUCGCCCAACCCGACACUGAUGAGCGGGUGCAAGAACUAAUCCACGAAGUGACGGAUCUCAAACGCGAUCUGGAGAUGACGAAGUCUCACCUCGAAAAUGCUCAAGUCCAGGCCGAGCGCUACAGGGAACUGAGCCAAGCAUCGGAAGAAGAGCUAGAAAGAAUGAAUUCUACCCAGGAACAAUAUCAGCAAGAGAUGGAUGCCGCCAUUUCAUCGAAGGAUGCCACGAUCAAGGAGCUCGAGCAGCGCGUUGAGGAUCUAUCUUCGGAACUGGCAAGAUCUAACGGAGAAUUAUCAAACUUACGGGAUUCCCAAGCCGAGGUGGCUCGGCGUUUCCAGGACGAGAAGGCUAUAUUGGAGGACGAACUUAAGCGCCUGAAGGAAGACGAGGAGAGAUAUACGGCGUCUUCGCAGUUCCACCAACAAGAUCUUCGCGCGCAAGCUGAGAUCGCAGGAAAUGCCCAGCAGGCCUACGAGAAUGAGGUCAUGAAGCACGGAGAAACCGCGAAGUCGCUGUCAACCCUGCGCGCCGAGUACAACCAAUUGAAGACAUCUGCGGCGACUUGGAAAGCGGAUGCGGAAUCGGCCAAAGCCACUCUGCUGCAGAGUGAAGGUUCCUGGGACGAACGGCGUCAGCGAUUCGAGCGGGAGAUUUCAGAACUUCGUGCUCGUAGAGAUGAUGCUAAUGCGCAAAACAAACUACUACAUCAACAACUAGAGGAUGUGACGAAGCAGGUUUCUGCACUACAGCAGAACCGCAGUUCGACCGACGAGUCACUCGAGACGAUCGCCGCGCAGCCUUCCAGUUCAGAUGCAGAUAAAUUCCGAGAAUUGAGCAACUAUCUGCGGCGUGAAAAGGAGAUCUUGGAGGUACAAUACGAUAUCAAGGUCCAGGAAGCCAAGAGAUUCCAGCAGCAACUUGAAUAUGCGCAAUCACAGCUUGACGAGGCUAGGCUCAAACUCGAGCAAGAGCGCCGCUCGCAAAGCGACAACGAUCGAAGCUCUACUGCCCACAAGGAUCUCAUGAGCAAGUUAGAGGAGCUUAACCUCUUCAGAGAGAGUAGCGCUGCUUUGCGAGCGGAAGCCCGUCAAGCACAGGCCCAGCUGGCCGAGAAAACCGCUAAGAUCUCGGAGUUGGAGGCUACCAUUCAACCGCUCGAAGCACAGAUCGAGGAGCUUCAGAGCCAACAGGCAUUUAAGGAAGCCGAGAUGAAACAGCUUCACGAGGAUCGUGAUCGGUGGCAGAAGAGAACGGAAGACAUCUUGUCGAAACAUGGAAGAACCGAUCCGGCGGAGGUGGAGGAACUUAAACAGACCGUUGCCAAACUGGAGACGGAACGAAAUGCGCUACAGGCAGCCGAAACACCACUUCGCGAGAAGAUAACCGAACUUGAAAAGUCGAUCGAGGAGAAGGAUGCCAACUGGUCGGUGACGCGGGAGAAGCUCGUCAAUUCGGCCAAGGAGCGAUCGAGAACUCUCACUGCCGCGAGGAACGAAGUAGUUGUGGAGAGGGACCAGCUUCAUUCGAAGCUGAACGAAGUCACCGGCCAACUCUCCGCUACCCAGGAGGAAUUGGAGGCGUCCAGAAAGGCAAGAAUUAGUCUGGAGGAGCAAAUCAACAGCUUCAGACGCCAGGUUGACGCACUUCAAGAGGAGGCGAGGAAGAACACUACGCCUUCUGCUCCCGCAAAUUCACCCAAUAGCCAGGUUCUUUCCGACUUGCAAGCUCAAUUGGCCACAGUGCGAUCGGAUCUGGAUACCGUGUCCUCGCAGAAGGCGGCAGUCGAAAAAGAGUUACAAACCGCUCGUGAACAGCUGGAUUCCGCGAUCAGCGAGCGAGACCAGGCCAUUUCUGAGGCGCAGACCAGGGUGGCCAAUGGCGACAUACCUACGGAGAAUGGGGUGGACACUUCGGAGAGGGAUACGCCUCUGGCGGCUCCCCUCUCAGAUGACGAACGAAAGGCUCUGGAAGAGAGGAUCUCGGAAGCUUCAGCUAAAGCCGCCGAAUGGGAAGCCAAGGCCAAAGAGCUAGACGAAAAGCACGAUCAGAUUGUGAAGGCGAGAAGCGAUAAGAUGAAGGAGUCGCUGAACAAGCGCCUAACCGAUUACAAAGCUCAGUGGGAAGAGGACAAGGUCCAGAUGAAGCGAGAUGUUGAGAAGAUUGAGGCAGACUUUAAACUUCGCUUGGAGCAAGAGCGAAAGAUAUUAGAGGCAGAACAUGGUGGUGCCGCUCGCGACAUGAAGCCACCUGCUACACCUUCUCGACCGACUGCCUCGGAGACUCACACGGGAACGCCCACGACAUCCAAAUCCGACCUCGGCGCGUUGAAUGACAAAGAGAUUAGGGACCUCGUCUCUAACAACAGCACGAUUAAGAGCAUUAUUCAGAAUAACAUUAAGAACAAGCUCGCGAUCGAGACCAAGAAAAUGCGCGAGGAGCAUGAAGCUACGAUGAAGGUGGAAUGGGAGCAAAAGCUCACCCAAGCUCGAGAGUCGGCGACUCAACUGGCUACGUCCAAGAGUAAUCUGAAAUUGAACAUGGCCGAGAACAAGGCCCGCGCCGUUGCUGCUAAGUUAGGAGUCGUGGAGACGGCGGCAAGGGAAACUCCGCAACGACCGGUAGCUGAGGUGUGGGAGAUAGCGAAAGUCGCGAGAGCGCCACCACCACCAGCUCCCGCGCCGUCGUCAGCCGCGCCAGCGUCGACCAUUUCGACAACGGCUUCUGGCCGCCAAUCGCCCAGCGUAAACGCAGGUCCGGAUGUCCAAGAACCGAGAGCCACCCUGCCCAGCGGUAUCCCUAAGCCGGGAACGGUGCCGAACAGCGCCCCGGCUCUACCUAAUCCCUUUGUGAGCGUCAAGCAAGAACCAGCAAACCCGCCACCUGCGGCUGCGAAUCCCUUCUCCCAGGCGACACCAAUGCCCAGCUCCCUGCCCGGAUCGAAUAUAGCACAGCCGUCUACCCUCCCCGUAGCGGCUCCCCAAAUUCCAACCAAACCUACGGGUCUCCCGGUGCCGGGCACUCGUAAACCGAGCGGGCCUCAACGUGGAGGUGCUCGAGGCGGAGCGCCGCCCAACCGUGGCGGCCGUGGAGGCGCGCAGGGUCGAUCGAGUCUCAAUCCGUCGGUGGACACCUUCCAGCCUGGCGGUAAACGUCCUCGCGGAGACUCGGACAUAGGCAACGGCGCGAAGAGACCUCGAGGUGGGGGACCGCAGUGAUGAUUGUGAGAAGGGAUAUAUCCUGGAUGAGAAGAGAAUAUAUUCUCGGACGUUGUAUUCAUACUUGUAACCCGGCGAUGUGCCGGUUUUUAUCUAAUGAGGAGGAGCGGAAACACGGAUACUGGAUGGGCCGAGAGAUCACAACUUGGAGUGAGCAUACCCGUUUAGGGUCCGGGAAAAAAAAAGACAAAGGCGUUAGCAUUACUACGGCUACCAUAUUCGGUGAACAGUGAUCUGAGAGGGGUUUUUUUUCCUUCGCGUUUUUGAAUGAAUCAUUAAAUUUCUCCUGUGCAUGCC